CCGGAGCCGAGCUCUGCCCAGGGCGGCGGCUUCGCCUCGCCCCGCGAAGCUCCUCUCCGGUGGCCGCCCCUUCUUUUCCCUCCUCUGUGCGUCAUGUCGGGCACUUGAUUUUUUUUUUUUUUUUAAUUCCUUCUUCAGCCCUUUCCACCUUCCAUCUCCCCCUUCGUUUCCCAGGUUGAUUAUUUUCUCUCUUCUCCGGGCUUGCCCAUGAGCCUCCUCGGGAGCUACCGGAAAAAGACCGGCAACGAUGGUUAUGAAUCUUUGCAGCUGGUGGACAGUAACGGGGACUUAAGUGCGGGAAGCGGCGGGGCUGGCGGCAAGCACAGAGUGAACGCUGGGGCAGCGGCGCGGAGUCCCGCCCGGCAGCCUCCGGACCGCGCCAGCACCAUGGACAGCUCAGGUGCCUCAUCUCCAGACAUGGAGCCUAGCUAUGGGGGAGGUCUCUUUGACAUGGUAAAAGGAGGUGCAGGGAGGCUCUUUAGUAACCUAAAGGACAACUUGAAAGACACCCUCAAAGACACAUCUUCUAGAGUGAUACAAUCUGUGGCCAGCUACACAAAAGGAGAUUUAGACUUCACUUAUGUUACCUCCAGAAUUAUUGUGAUGUCCUUUCCUCUGGACAAUGUUGAUAUAGGAUUCAGGAAUCAGGUUGAUGACAUUCGAAGCUUUUUGGAUUCCAGACAUCUUGACCACUACACAGUAUACAAUCUGUCACCUAAGUCUUAUCGAACUGCCAAAUUUCACAGCCGGGUCUCAGAAUGCAGUUGGCCCAUUAGGCAGGCUCCCAGUCUGCACAACCUUUUCGCUGUGUGUCGAAAUAUGUAUAACUGGCUACUGCAGAAUCCCAAAAAUGUCUGUGUUGUCCACUGCUUGGAUGGACGGGCGGCAUCAUCAAUUCUGGUUGGUGCUAUGUUCAUUUUCUGUAAUCUUUACUCUACUCCUGGCCCAGCCAUUCGAUUGCUAUAUGCAAAGCGACCAGGAAUUGGACUUUCACCAUCCCACAGAAGAUACCUGGGCUAUAUGUGUGACCUACUAGCAGAUAAGCCCUACCGCCCUCACUUCAAGCCUCUCACAAUUAAGUCAAUCACUGUCAGUCCAAUACCCUUUUUCAACAAACAGAGGAAUGGAUGUCGCCCUUACUGUGAUGUACUCAUUGGAGAAACCAAAAUAUAUUCAACUUGCACAGAUUUUGAACGAAUGAAAGAAUAUCGUGUCCAAGAUGGGAAAAUCUUCAUUCCCUUGAACAUCACUGUGCAAGGAGACGUGGUCGUUUCCAUGUAUCACUUGAGGUCAACCAUUGGGAGCCGGCUGCAGGCUAAGGUGACCAACACACAGAUAUUCCAGCUUCAGUUUCACACUGGAUUCAUACCACUGGACACAACAGUUUUAAAGUUCACCAAGCCUGAGUUAGAUGCAUGUGAUGUACCAGAAAAAUAUCCUCAGCUAUUUCAGGUGACACUGGAUGUAGAACUACAGCCCCAUGACAAAGUAAUAGACUUAACUCCACCAUGGGAACAUUACUGCACAAAAGAUGUCAAUCCCAGCAUCCUCUUCUCUUCUCACCAGGAACAUCAAGAUACGCUGGCCUUAGGAGGGCAGGCUCCAAUAGAUAUCCCUCCAGACAACCCCAGGCAUUACGGACAAAGCGGUUUCUUUGCCUCUCUCUGUUGGCAAGAUCAGAAAUCAGAGAAGUCAUUCUGUGAGGAGGACCACACUGCCCUAGUGAACCAGGAAAGUGAGCAAUCAGACGACGAACUUCUGACCCUUUCCAGUCCGCAUGGCAAUGCCAAUGGUGACAGGCCUCAUGGAAUCAAGAAGCCCAGCAAAAAGCAGCAGGAGCCAGCAGCCCCUCCACCCCCUGAGGAUGUGGACCUUUUGGGCCUGGAAGGGUCUGCAGUGAGUAACAGCUUCUCCCCGCCGGCGGCUCCUCCCACCAAUUCUGAACUACUGAGUGACCUGUUUGGGAGUGGAGGUGCAGCUGGUCCCACCCAGGUGGGACAGUCAGGAAUGGAAGACGUGUUUCAUCCUAGUGGACCUGCAUCUACGCAGUCAACACCACGCCGCUCUGCCACCUCCACCUCCGCAUCUCCAACCCUAAGAGUGGGAGAAGGUGCCACCUUUGACCCAUUUGGAGCACCUUCCAAACCAUCAGGUCAGGAUUUGCUGGGUUCUUUUCUGAACACAUCCGGCGCUUCCAGUGACCCCUUCCUCCAGCCCACAAGAAGUCCUUCACCCACAGUACAUGCUUCUAGUACACCUGCUGUGAACGUUCAGCCAGAUGUUUCUGGAGGUUGGGACUGGCAUGCUAAACCAGGAGGCUUUGGAAUGGGAAGCAAGUCAGCUGCCACCAGCCCAACCGGAUCCUCGCAUGGUACUCCCACCCAUCAAAACAAACCCCAGACUCUGGAUCCUUUUGCUGACCUUGGGACGCUAGGUAGUUCUUCAUUUGCCAGCAAACCCACCACACCAACUGGAUUGGGUGGAGGAUUCCCACCUCUCAGCUCACCACAGAAGGCAUCUCCCCAGCCUAUGGGUGGGGGGUGGCAGCAAGGAGGUGCCUACAACUGGCAGCAGCCACAGCCUAAGCCUCAGCCCAGCAUGCCCCACUCCUCUCCCCAGAACCGACCCAACUACAACGUGAGCUUCUCAGCCAUGCCUGGGAGCCAGAACGAACGUGGGAAAGGAUCAAGUAAUUUGGAAGGGAAACAAAAAGCAGCUGACUUUGAAGACCUACUCUCUGGUCAAGGUUUCAAUGCUCACAAAGACAAAAAGGGGCCUCGGACAAUAGCUGAGAUGAGAAAGGAGGAAAUGGCUAAGGAAAUGGAUCCUGAGAAAUUAAAGAUUCUGGAAUGGAUUGAAGGCAAAGAAAGAAAUAUCAGAGCCCUUCUUUCCACAAUGCAUACUGUGCUGUGGGCUGGGGAGACCAAGUGGAAACCAGUUGGCAUGGCAGACCUGGUAACACCAGAGCAGGUGAAGAAGGUGUACAGAAAGGCUGUCCUCGUGGUGCACCCAGAUAAAGCUACUGGGCAACCCUAUGAACAAUAUGCAAAGAUGAUUUUCAUGGAGCUCAAUGAUGCCUGGUCUGAAUUUGAAAACCAAGGCCAAAAGCCCUUAUAUUAAUUUAUGAGCUUUUCCAUCUCUGCUGCAGACCUUUGCUAAUGCUUAGUGUGUGUUACAAUUCUGAGGUUUUCGCAGAUGAACCAAAACUCCAGUAACAUGUUUUCAGUACUAAACCGUUAAAUUACUCAUGAAUUAAUUUAUCAUUGAUAAGGAAUGGGGAUGUUUGGUUUCUCAAAGUCCCCGACAUAAAAGAUCCAACGCAUGAGAGGAACUUCUAGUCAGAUGACCUUGCAGAACCACAUUCCACCCUGCCCUUUGGGGAGCCUACUCAGCAUCCUGCCUGGGGAAAUGGAAAAUAGAGGCCACCGCCCAUGAAGGCAUAACACCCAUCACAUUGUCUGAGAAUAGGAUUAAUGAGCCAAAGUUAUGAUAAUAGAGUUAUGUGAUGGUUUAAAAUAAUGGUUUCUAGAUUUUCUUGGAAGCAUAUAAUUUGAGCAGUGACUUUUUGCAGACUCCAGGAACGAAAUCACCAAGUUUUUUUUUUUUUUUUAAGUAAAAAUUUACUAAGGCUUGUAGCAUAAUACUGUAAAUGUCUUUUGGUCAAGAAGACUAACAAAUAUAAAGGAACUUCAGUUGUGGGGAGUGAUAAUAGUCCAGUGAUUAAACUACAGUCCAGUGAUUACCACCAACUUUCUGACUAAUAUAAAAAUGAAUGAAAAUGCUGGCUAAAGAAAAUAGGGACUCUG